AUGGAUAUUCCAAAAAAUGUAUUCGCUUGGCCAGAUUAUUUGGUGUUUCUUAUAAUGUUAUUGAUAUGUAUAUUUAUCGGUGUAUAUUUUGGAUUUAUUAGAGUAUCGAAAAAUGUACAAGAUUAUUUAAUUGGAGACAAUGAUAUGACUUUAUGGCCGGUAGCAAUUUCACUUGUUGUCAGCAAUAUUUCUGGCAUUGCAUUUUUGGGCUACCCUACUGAAAUGUAUACAUUUGGAAUACAAUAUUUAUAUAUACAAACAAGUGGUAUAUUUAUCGGAUUGAUUAGCAAUUAUAUAUUUAUACCAGUUUUUAUGGAGUUGCGAUUAACUUCAACGUAUGAGUAUUUAGAAAGAAGAUUUGAUAAAUCAUUGCGACGGCUUGGAUCAGUUUUAUUCGUUGUCAGUCUGAUAAUAUGGCUUCCCAUAGUAAUCUAUGUACCUGCAUUGGCUCUCAAUCAUGUAACUGGUAUAAAUACACAUAUCAUAACUCCAGUUGUCUGCGCGGUGUGUAUUUUCUACACUUGUGUGGGGGGAAUACGUGCUGUAGUAUGGACCGAUUUUCUACAAGCAUUUUUAAUGGUGAGUUCAGUAAUUUUAGUUGUAGCAAAAGCGACUUGGGAAGUUGGAGGAUUGGGUACGAUAAUCGAGCGUAAUGGAGCCAGUGGUAGAUUAGAAUAUCCAGAUAUGGAAUUAAGUUUAACUAAACGAUUAACGUUUCCUGCAAUGGUAUUUGGAGGAACAUUAACUUUCCUGAAUGAUGGAAUUAUGAGUCAAGUAAUGUUGCAAAGAUAUGUUUCUUUACCUACCCUAAAAGACGCGAAAAUGGCAGUAUGGUUAUUUUUGAUAUGUAAAACAACAUUUAUUGGAUUAUGCUGUUAUUCAGGCUUAGUUAUUUUUGCAACAUAUUUCAAUUGUGAUCCCGUUUCAACAAAGAUUGUAUCUGCAAAGGAUCAACUUUUACCACUGUUAGUUAUUGACACUUUAAAAAAUUACCCCGGAACAUCUGGAUUAUUUUUAGCUGGUGUUUUUAGUGCAUCACUUAGUUCUUUAUCAAGUGGUUUAAAUUCGUUGGCAGCUGUGUUAUUAGAAGAUUGUUUUAAGCCCAUUUUUACGAAUUUAACACCAAAACAAGAACAAAUCAUUGUAAAAACAGUGGUUUUUGUUUCGGGAGUUCUUACAGUUGGAUUAGCUGCCAUCGUUGAAAAAUUAGGACAAAUAUUACAAUUAUACGCAGCUUUGUCUUCAAUUUCAUCUGGUCCCUUACUUGGUGUAUUUAUUCUAGGCGUCCUUUUUCCAUGGGUAAAUGCAAAGGGGGCCUUGUAUGCAGGUUCAAGUGGUCUGAUUUUUAUGGGUUGGAUUUGUUUUGGUGCUCAAUCAAUGUUGGCAUCGGGUAAUAUGCGUUACCCAGAGAAGCCUAUUUACACAGAUGGUUGUACAUUUAAUAUUACGGAACCUUUAACCACAACUUCACCAAGAAUGGAUGACGACGAUGAAACGAAUGUAUUCUACUUGUAUCGAUUAACGUUUGUAUUGUACACAGCAAUUGGUACAAUAUAUACGGUAGCUGUGGGUUUUAUAAUAAGUUACUUAACUGGCUUUAAUAAAAUUGAAGACGUGGAUCCCUUACUAUUAGCACCAUUUUUGAGACCAAAAACUUCUGAUAAGAGACCAUCUGAAACUAAGCAGCAAUAUAAUGAGAAAUUUGGAACGAAUGUAUGCAUGGCGGAGGCUGUUGAUUUAUUAAAUAGGAGAAAAGAAUCAAGUUUCAUUGAAAAAGAAAAUUGUACAUAACAAGACAAUUAUCUA